AUCCUCCGCAUCGAAAGCUCCGCAAAUGGGCAUCAAGCAUCCGCAGCAGGCCCCGAUACCAGUGGCGGAUCCAUCCGCUCCUGGCUCUCCCCGUGACCGUCAUGAUGCCAUCUUGCCGGUCAUCCGUGAGCGACAUCAGGUGACUGAAAUUUUGGCAGGCACCCUCCGCAUUCCUGAUGCUCUCAGCCUUUCAGCCCUUGCCUGCGGGUGUUGUCCCACCGUGGAGUUGAGCCUUCCGUAGCACAUAUGCGACCAUGCUCUCUGCUUCUCACUGAUUGCAGCUACUCCAAACUCCAAUGUGUGCAGAAAUCAAAGAAUUGCAGGGGGAUCCAUUCAGGGCUUGGGGCAUCCGCACUGAUAUUGGAUUGGUCGAAAGCAGGGUUCCAGUACAGGGCAGAUAGGGCCUUGCCACGUCCACGGCAGGCGCCGGGUGCGCGGGGCGGAUGCAUCUGCCGCAUGCGGUCCAGGGCCAGAUCGGGCCCCGCCCUGCUCAAUAUCGGUUCCAUCGACCCUGCAGCUCAAUUCCCGGCAACGGACGACCUCUGCGCAUGACCGAUGGCCCCUCGACGUCCACGGCAGCCGCCAGGUGCGCUGGGCGGAUGCAUCUGCCGCAUGCAGCCCAGGGCCAGAUCGGGCCCCGCCCUGCUCAAUAUCGAUUCCAUAGACCCUCCAGCUCAAUUCCCGGCAACGGACGACCUCUGCGCAUGACAGAUGGCCCCUCGACGUCCACGGUAGCUGCCAGGUGCGCGGGGCGGAUGCAUCUGCCGCAUGCGGUCCAGAGCCAGAUCGGGCUCAAUAUGGGCCAUACAGACCCUCCAGCUCAAUUCCUGGCAACUGAGAUCCUCUGCGCAUGACAGAUGGCCCCUCGACGUCCACGGUAGCUGCCAGGUGCGCUGGGCGGAUGCAUCUGCCGCAUGCGGUCCAGGGCCAGAUCGGGCCGCGCCCCUGCUCAAUAUGGGCUCCAUGGACUCUCCAGCUCAAUUCCUGGCGACGGAGAUCCUCUGCGCGUGACAGAUGGCCCCUCGACGUCCACGGCAGGCGCCAGGUGCGCGGGGCGGAUGCAUCUGCCGCAUGCGGCCCAGGGCCAGAUCGGGCCCCGCCCUGCUCAAUAUCGAUUCCAUCGACCCUGCAGCUCAAUUCCCGGCAACGGACGACCUCUGCGCAUGACCGAUGGCCCCUCGACGUCCACGGCAGCCGCCAGACCCUCCAGCUCAAUUCCUGGCGACGGAGAUCUUCUGCGCAUGACAGAUGGCCCCUCGACGUCCACGGCAGCCGCCAGACCCUCCAGCUCAAUUCCUGGCGACGGAGAUCUUCUGCGCAUGACAGAUGGCCCCUCGACGUCCACGGCAGGCGCCAGGUGCGCGGGGCGGAUGCAUCUGCCGCAUGCGGUCCAGAGCCAGAUCGGGGCCCCGCCCUGCUCAAUAUCGAUUCCAUCGACCCUGCAGCUCAAUUCCCGGCAACGGACGACCUCUGCGCAUGACCGAUGGCCCCUCGACGUCCACGGCAGGCGCCAGGUGCGCGGGGCGGAUGCAUCUGCCGCAUGCGGUCCAGGGCCAGAUCGGGCCGCGCCCCUGCUCAAUAUGGGCUCCAUGGACUCUCCAGCUCAAAUUCUGCUCCUUGCUUCAUCCGGUGCGGAAUUCAUCCUCAGUUUCCCCGAGUCCUCAUUCUACAUGCCGGAUCCACAUGAGUAG